AUGUCCGGUAACGAAAGCGAGGAGAGUAACAGUGCGGGCCCAAGCAGCAGGAAUGUGAACAAAGGCAAGGGCCGAGCGAUUGAGCCGCAAAGCAGCGACAACUCAGAGCUUAACAAUCCAGACCUGCCACUCGACACCAUCGAGUCCACUGAUACCUCAACACCAGCCGGAAUAGACUGGGGCGACUACGAGAGUGCUAUGACCGAGCGAGAGACAGUCCUAGACGAAUGGGAUCAACUCCUUCCUGCGCUCCGAGCAGAUAUCAGAGAGAGAAACGCGACUCUUGACCGGUCUGAAGCCAAGUACGAAUGCAUGACAGGCAAGCACAUUGCCGACUUCGACUACGACAAAGAGCGCGAAGCUGCGCAAAAAAAGGCUUAA